GCUGAAUAUCGUUCAUUUAUUCGCGCACAUUAGAAGGAGACGAUCAUAACUAGACGGCCAUCAGAAAAAGAAACACAAAGCAAAGCAAAUCAUUUUUUCAGUCGACAUUUACAUUUCACAAGACGAUUGAAAGAGACCGACUGACAUUCGCCAAAAUGGAGCCCCAAAAACGUGAUCACGAUGAAGACAGCAGCGAACAAAACAAGCGAAAGAAACUUGAAGCACCAGAAAAGGCUGACGCAGUGACCAAGAUAACCGAUGUCAACGAUGACUGCCUUGAGCUCAUCUUUGGUCAUUUGAUGCUACAGGAUCUGGUCAACGUAGCUGAUACGUGCAAACGAUUCCAGCCCUCAGCCAAAGCGGCAUUUGCCGCCAAGUGCAGAGGAAUGGUGAUGAUGCUUGUUCCAUAUCACAAUCGAUUUCAACUAAUCGAAUCAAUCGAAGACGCUGUAAAGGUGUUCGGCCUGUCGAAUUGCUUGAAGGUUUUACGUCACUUUGGCCACAAGAUCACCAUGAUACACAUUGCUUAUUUGGAAAUCAACGCAGUCAAACAAGCUGCACUUGGCCGCUACAUGAAUGAAUAUUGUGCUGAUUCAUUGACCUACAUCGCGAUUGCUGGUGUUCUAAAAGAGAUGACAGCGAACUGGACCAAACCAUUCAUAAAUGCCGAGACUGUUUGGCUCUGGUCGAGUGAUUUGGGUGACUUAAGCGCAUGGUUUCCCAAAACGCGCCGUUUGGUACUUCAUGCAGGUGCUAAAUGGGUCGAAAAUACAUUUGCUCAUUUGGAAGAGCUUGAAAUCCAUGUCAAUGAACACAACCGAGCAAGUGUUGCAGAAAUACUACGUCUGAAUCCUCAUCUGCAACAACUUCGUCUUUUGGCUACUGGCUACGACAUGAAGUUUAUGGAAAGCGUAAGCGGAUACCUUCAGUCACUCACAUUGCUCGAUAUUUGUUGUGACGACGAAUUCUUCAAUCUGGACGGCCUUUCCAUUCACCUUAAAAGUGUAAAAGAAUUCAAUAUUGACUUGCGCAGCGUUGGUAAGAUGCCGAAAAUUCCUUUUUCAUUUGAUCAACUGGAAAAGAUGCAAUUGAAAGCGAACGGCUUCAAAAUGGACGGUGACUUCGGGAAAUUUCUCAAACAGAAUCCAUCUUUAUCGAAAUUUGUGAUCCACUCUUAUGUACGGAAUCCAACAAAAAACUCGCCUUUGGUUGAACAGAUCAAAAUGGACAUCGCCGAAGUGUCGCCAUUGCUUGAUGUAAUGUUAAUAUUACCUAUUCGCCGUCGUAGAAGACGAACAAGAGUGAAUUAGUAUUUGAAUAAACCUUUCUGAACGUCAUUUUAAGUAGUUUAACUGAAACUCGAAAAUUCUUAGAAUCAACACAGUUCCAACUAUUUGAAAAUACAAUACAAUUUUCAGC